CUCUCGCCCCCCCCCCUCCCCCCCUAGCUUGUAGCUAGCUAGUACGGCCACAAGUCACAAAGUUGUAUAUAGCCUUCUCGUCCUCUCCAUUCUCUGGCUUGAAACCUCCAAUCCAUCCAUGGACCUGGUGCCAAAGCAAGAGCAGCACAAGGAGGAGGAGGAGAAAGAGGAAGAGAAGGAGAGCAUGAUCUUGGCGGAGCAUAGCAACCGGGCCAACUUUGGCCACGGCGGCAGCGGGAGGAGCGAGAUCAAGGAGGUCGACUUCUUCUCCACCGGCGGUGCUCGCCGCAGGACCGACGACGAUGACGAUGGCGACGGUGAGGAUUGGAACCGAGAGGCAUCAGGAGCACCAGGACGCGGUAAUACCACGGUCAACACGGCGCUUGACCUGCUGACCACGGCGGCGGCGACGCCGGUCAACGGCGGCGAGGGUACGGCUGCCGGGGCAGCGAGUGAUCAGAAAGAGGCGGCGACGGUGGAGGGGGAGCUCCGGCAGGCCGGCGAGGAGAACCGGCGGCUCCGGCGGAUGCUGGACGACCUCACCCGCAGCUACAGCGCUCUGUACCAUCAGCUCAUCCAAGCCCAGCAGCAGCAGCAGUUCAAUUUGACUGCUACGUACGUACUGCCAAUGAUCAUGACAAGCAACGCCUUCAACUGCGAUGGAUGGAUGCAGGCCAGCGGCGCGGCGAACUCGAUGCUACCGGCGGCGACGGUGCCGGCGGGACUGCAGUUCGUGGACCCCCGCAUGGCUCCGGCGAUGCGAGCUGCGGCGGCGCAUGACGGUGGCGACAGGGGGGACUCCGAUGGUGGCAGCGGCAGCGCCGGCGAAGCGGAGCAUCAGAACAAUGGGAGGUCGUCGGCGCAGCAGGAUGGGUCGGGGACGCCUGAGCGCGAUGAGAACGCCGAGCGGGCGGAGGCGCCGCUGCGGAGGGUUAGGGUGUCGGUGCGCGCGCGAUCCGAGGCCCCAAUGAUCAGUGAUGGAUGCCAAUGGAGGAAGUAUGGGCAGAAGAUGGCCAAGGGUAACCCAUGCCCCAGAGCUUACUACCGAUGCACAAUGGCCACAGGAUGCCCCGUCAGGAAGCAGGUGCAACGGUGCGCGGAGGACAAGGCGGUGCUGAUCACCACGUACGAGGGCACCCACAACCACCAGCUGCCGCCAGCGGCCGCCGCGAUGGCCAAGACCACCUCGGCCGCGGCCGCCAUGCUCCUCUCGGGCCCGGCCGCCAGCCGAGACGCCGGCGCGCUCUUCGCGGGCCACCACGUCGCGGCGCCGGCGCCGCUCUUCCAGUCGUACCCCUACGCGUCCGCCGCCAUGGGCGCCACGCUCUCCGCCUCCGCCCCGUUCCCGACCAUCACCCUCGACCUCACGCACCCGCCGCCGGCGCCGGCCGCGGGCCUGCUCCCGCACCGCCCGCCGGCCCUCCCCGCGAUGCCGUUCCCGAUGUACGGCGGCUUCCCUGCUGCGCACAGGCCGGCGGCGGCGGUGCCGCCACAGCCGACGACGGUGUCGUUGGGGAUGAUGGACGCCAGGAACCGGUCGGCGCUGGAGACCAUGACUGCCGCGAUCACCAGCGACCCCAACUUCACUACAGCGCUGGCGGCCGCCCUGUCGACGAUCAUUGGUGGAGGGGGUGAAGCAGCUCCCCGGAGUGGUGCCGGCGGCAACGGAGAUGGUAAUAACGGUAGCGGCGGCACUGAGCCGAGCGCCACGGCCGCGGCGGCCGGAGCACGUGAGACGGCAUUGCAUGCGCUUUUACAAAGACUGCAUGACAGCCGGCAAUGACAUUUUGGAAUCAAAGCUUAUGGACGACGACCAUCUGUACAUACAUGCAUGCAUACACAUCUAAGUCUGUACACACAUCGGUUUUGUACGUUAUCUAUACCGUAUAGUCCUAUGUGGUAGUGUUGUAAAUGGAUUAUAUAAUUGAGAUUUUUAUAGAGGCCAUACGAUUUAAUUUUCCA